AUGCAAGAAAUUAAUUAUGAAUACAAUGAAGAAUUUUUUAGAGAUGAAGAUGAACUUGAAAUUUUGAUUAAUCAGUUACCUGAAAAUGUUUAUUUAAGUGCCUCUAAAUACAUUUGUAUUGAAGAUACAGUUGCUGUGAGAAGUCUUACAGAUGAUGAUAUAUUGGAAAUAGUAGCUAAUAAUGCUAAGAAUGAAGUUGAGCAACCUAUUAGUGAGAUAAAAGAAAAGGUAAAUUAUACUAAAGCAGAGAUAGCAGUUGACACAGUUUUGAGAUUCUUAUAUAAACAAGAAGAAAAGUUUGGCAAAGUUGAAGAAGAGACAAAAAUUUUAAGAAAAUUAUAUAGAAAAGUUAGAUUAUUCUGUGUAAAAAAUCUUAAGCAAUUAGAUCUUUAUUAUUUUAUAUCUGAAUAA